CUUGUGUUAUUCAGCAACUGAAACAUCAAGAACAUGGCUUCUUUAAGCUCCCUAGUUCUGCUACUUGCAGCUUUUCUUCUGUCCCCUCAUGUGCUUGCUAACUAUGAGAAGCCCCCAGUAGAAAAACCUCCUGUCUACAAGCCUCCCGUUGAGAAGCCACCUGUGUACCAACCCCCAGUUCAAAAACCACCAGUAGAAAAACCACCCGUUGAGAAACCACCCGUUUAUAAGCCACCGGUUGAGAAACCACCCGUUUACAAGCCACCGGUUGAGAAACCACCCGUUUACAAGCCCCCGGUUGAGAAACCACCAGUUUACAAACCCCCAGUUGAGAAACCACCAGUUUACAAGCCACCGUACGGAAAGCCACCUGUGCAUGAGUCUCAAUAUGAGAAACCACCAGCGUACAAGCCCCCUGUUGAGAAGCCACCGGUGCACAAGCCCCCAGUUGAGAAACCACCGGUUUACAAGCCUCCGGUGGAGAAACCACCAGUGUACAAGCCACCGGUUUACAAGCCCCCAGUGGAGAAGCCACCGGUGCAUAAGCCACCAUAUGGGAAGCCACCUUACCCAAAGUACCCUCCAACUGAUCGCACCCGUUGAUGAUGCAUGAUAAGAGGUGUACUGAGUACAUGCUAAAUAAGAGGCAUAGCUUAUUACUAUACCAAUGCCAUGCUCGGAAUAUAGAUUUGCUUACGGAUUGUGGAAAGGAUUACUCUUAGUUUCUUGGUUUCAAGUUGUCUUUUUUAUUGUCUCUGGCCAAGAUAAGAAUAUGCAUGCACGGGGAUGAAAUAUUUGUGCUUUGUAAUCCAGCUUAUGAAUAUAGAAUGUCUUUUAAGACUUCUGAUAUUA